AUGUCAUCUGCCACUAUCCCACAUACCAACAGCUCUACUCCGUUCCCGAGUCCUUCGGUGCGGAGAGCCAAUACCAAGGUCAUCAUCAUGAACAACCCUCAGAAUCCGACUGGAGCUGUCCUAAGCCGUGAUGUCCUGCAGGAGAUUGUGAACAUUGCGCAUCAGCAUGGCAUCAUUCCUCAUAGUGAUGAGGUGUAUCGGCUGCUUUUCCACUCCCUGCAGGACGGGCAGGAAGAGCCGCCUUCCAUACUCUCCUUCAAUUAUGAGAAUACCGUUGCCACUAGCUCAAUGAGCAAGGCUUUUAGUAUGGCCGGGAUUCGACUGGGCUGGAUUGCAUCCAGAAGCCGGGAAAUAAUAGAACAGUGUGCAUCAGCCCGCGACUACACCUUGAUUUCGGUCAGCCAGAUCGAUGACCGGAUUGCUGCAUGCACCUUGUCAGAGCCAACUGUGGGCAACAUUCUCAAGCGUAACCUUGAGCUCGUAAGAGGCAAUCUCAAUCUCCUUGAUGGCUUCCUUAAGGAAUUCGCCUGGGCUGCGCAGUGGGUCCGACCACAUGCGGGCACCACGGCGUUCGUCAAGUUCGUCGAUAAGGACGACCUUGCAGUUGAUGAUGUGGAGUUUUGCAAGCAUUUACAAGAGGAAUGUGGCGUCAUGUGCGUGCCAGGCAGCAGGUGCUUUGGAGAAGAUACAAACUUCAAGGGCUAUGUCCGCAUUGGCUAUGUGUGUGAGCGUCAGGUCUUGAUUGACGGUCUGAACGCGUGGUGA